CAAAUAAGCCUUUACUAAACGGGACCCAUCCACUGUAGUACUGCAGUAGUAGUACUACUUCCUCUACUACGCAGUAUUUCCAUUUACUGCGCAGUCUUUGUCCUCAGAGACUGGCACUGCCGUUAAUUCAGGAGGUCGAGGCAAACGGACAGACCUAAUGCCACCCAAGAGAGAUGCGGGGGCCCCCUCCACAUCUCCCCCAGUGAAGAUGAUAAAGAUCGGUACAGACGGCCAGGAGUAUGGCUGUGAUCCAGAUGAGAACAGGUACAGACUGACAGAGGAGGGCUCCUACUCCCCUUAUGUUAACAAUGAGCAGAAUGAACACGUGUUUGAUGAAGACAACAUUACCAGCACUGGCCUCAGAACAGACACCAUCAGCCUGCUCAUGAAAAUAGAGCAGCUCCAAGCACAGCUCAAGUACGAGCGCAGGUGUAGGAUUCUGGCAGAGAGAGAGCUAAGGGAGCUCAAAGAGAUGAACACCCUGAUGAUGCAGAUGCGGCACACGGCCCAUGAGCUGAGAGUGACUUUAGACCACGUUCUUCAGACAAAUGAGCCUCCGGUCACACAGUCGAGCGCUGCGGACGAGUCCAUGUCGUACAUGUCAGAGCCCGACACAGACAUCAGAGUGCCGCAAAACAUCGCCCCCGAAGUGCACAGUAUACCUCCUGUCAAUCCAGUGCCGCCAACGAUGCAGAAUCUCCCAGAGGAUGAUGAGAAUUAUUUAUAUCUGGCGGAAAAUAUUAGAGUGCCCAGGAAUCUGUAUGAGAGAAUAGCAGAGAUUGAGGACUAUAAAAAGUACACGGGAGCACUGCUGAUGAUGCUUUUUGAUAGAGACACUUUAGCCACACACUCCCUGCAGGGACGCAGGGGCACUCUCAGUGGAUCAGACGACUCCCAAAAACCACAACUACCACCAGACAUCCUGAGAAAUAUUAUUGAACACAUUUCAAGUAAGUUUGGUGUUGACCAUGGUCUUAUUAAAACGGCCAUCAGGACGAAGUUGAAUAAUGAGGACAAACUGUUCAAAAAAAGGCAUGGGUUAGGCAAAUCUGAAAACAAAAUACCUCCUGUGUAUUGUCCAGAAAUAUUAAGAAAAUCAGAGCCUAAAAUUGAACCCGCCUUUUUUCCACUGCUGCCUGACCCUGACGACAAUGGAGGUGAUUUACAGCAGUAAUGUUUUGUUCAAAUGAAGACUUUUGCCUUGGUUCACUUAUGUACAACUGUUAUAGUAUUGUUCAGCACAUGUAACACCACAUUACUCUUAAUUUACUGUUUUUCUCGACCUCUAAAGCAGAAGUAUUUGGCACCUGUCUCGUCCACUGUGUGCAUUAACUUGUGACCAAACAAAGCUGUUUAACAGCAUCUUGAAAUGUAGUUGAACUAAGUGUUCUUAAUACGGUUUACUUCUUCAAGCUCGUAAAUGUCUCUAUCAGGUUUGUGACUUUUGUCUUGGUGACUGUAUACAGUGCAUAGCAAUAGUCAUAUAGAGGCCUUAGAGUGUAAUAGACUGAAAAUAUAAAGGAUGCAGACGUGUGUCCAACUUGUGCAUUACAAAGUGAUACUGUGAUAUUACAUGCAUAUUUUGAACGUUUCUAUGUAAUGCUACAAUAAUCUCUUGUUAAUCGACACCUCUCACUGUGCGGAUGUAUUUUGUUACAUAUGGUUCAAUAAAAGUCAAAAAGCAAA